GGCUUGGGAUGUACUGAGUACAAGCGUGGAGAUGUUAUCUCGAAGGACGAAGAACAACCGUCUACACCGACCACUGCAGCCUGAAAUACUUGAAGACACAACCCAACCUUUCCAGGCGGCAGGUCCGGUGGAUCGACUUCCUCGAGACACACUUCCACUACGACAUCGUGUACAAGCCCGGCCACAAAAACAAAGCAGACGCUCUUAGCCGGCCUGCGCACGUUGCCGCAAUUCAGAUUGAAGGGAUGAAUCCAUUACUCAAGGGACUCUUCACACACGGCAACAAGACGCUCACCGGUAUCGCCAAACACUACUACUGGCCCCACAUGGCAGAUGACGUACAGAAAUUCGUCACCUCGUAUGAUACGUGUCAGCGGAUGAAGAGCAGCAAGCAGAAAAAGGCGGGACUACUGCAGCCUCUUCCUGUCCCAGAACAACCAUGGCAAGUGGUUAGCCUGGACUUCAUCACCGGGUUACCACCUACCACCAGUGGUCAUAACGCAAUCCUUGUCGUCAUCGACAAGUUCUCCAAAAUGGGACAGUUCAUCCCAACACACACGACGGCACGCACCGAGGAGACAGCACAACUCUUCGUUCGUCACAUCAUCUCACAGCAUGGCAUUCCAACCACACUCAUCUCCGAUCGAGACCCCAAGUUCACCAGCAAGUUCUGGAAGGAACUUAUGUCUCUUCUCGGAACCAAACUCGCCAUGUCAUCCGCUUACCAUCCGCAGACAGACGGACAGACCGAGCGCCUCAACCAAAUUGUUGAGCAACUCCUCCGAGCAGCCUGCAAGGACGAGAUCUCCAAAUGGGACCUGCACCUGCCCGUUCUGGAGUUUGCUUACAACAACGCUACACAUGCCGCUACUGGACAGACGCCGUUCUUCCUCUGCUACGGACGCCACCCACUCACACCACAGAAACCGCCCACAUCCGCUGCAGUACAACUUGCACAUGAUUUCAUCACAACCAUGCAUCAGUUUUGGGAUCGGACCCACAAGCGCCUCCUCGACAUUCAGCAGCAACAAAAGCGCCAGGCCGAUCACCAUCGCAACGACCACACCAUCACGGUGGGAGACCAGGUGCUUCUUGACACCCGCAACCUGGACAUCAGCCACCUCCCGUCUAAACUGCGACCUCGCUUCUGCGGGCCUUUUCUCGUCGAAGCGCAGGUUACACCUGUUACCUUCCGCUUGCGUCUGCCAGCCACCUGGAAGAUUCACAACGCCUUCCAUGUCCAACUUCUGAAGCCAUAUCGGGAUCCGAACACGAUCUUCGUCGGAUGCCAACCGCCGCCGCCGCCACCCGUCCUCGUCCAGAAUGAACCCGAGUACGAGGUCGAGUCCGUGCUUGCACACCGCCGACGUCGGAAUGGCACCGUGGAGCUUCUCAUCCGUUGGAAGGGUUAUGAUCCUUCUGAGGACAGCUGGGUCCCUGAGUCCGACAUGGGUAAACCCCGUCGUCCUCUGCAUGACUACCUUGUCAAGCAGGGUGUUACUUCUACCACCCAGCUUUGAGGGGGGGAAGUGUGAGAGUACGACCCCGUU